UACAUUGUGUUGCCUUGUUUUAUAAUGACAUUGAUCAAUGUCAAAGACCAUGGACAAUCAUGUUUUUAAUUGUUGUGCCGAAAAUGUAAAUUUCUAACCAUGUACAGACAAUGUAGUCGUAUUUGUGCAUGGCAGAAGGUUAAACAUGAUAACUUGAAAAGUCUUUUAGUGAAGCAUAGAUGGAUUACGAAAGGAAGAUGCAUCUCCUCAGAAUCAAACUUAAAAUCUGCUUCCACGGAGGCAGAUCAGGAAUUGAACAUUUCCCACCAAACGCCGGGAAUCAGUUAUGAAGGCAAAGAGAAAUUUCCAAAAGGGAAAUACAGGCCUGUGCCUGUGACUUUUUUCAUAAAGAAAUCACAAACACUUGUAAUGUUAGAUAAAAUCAGUGACAGAUUUACUGUUUCUUUUCCAAAAUCGGAGGACACUUUGACUGUUGAUAUUGGUCCUGAAGACUUUGCAAAACUCAAAGCCAUGUUAGAAAAAGACAGGAGGGACCGUAGUCCAGCCCAUAAUCCAGAGUCCAUCACUGAGUGUAUAUGGCAGGAGAUGAAAACAGACAACAAUAAACUCGUGCAGUACUACUUCAGAUUAUCAAAAAUCAGGUUAACAGGUUUAGUUGUGCUGACGGCGAUGGCAGGAUAUGCCAUGGCACCAGCUGCAUUUGAUCCCAUUGGUUUUACAAUGGUUACCAUAGGAACUGGUCUAACAUCUGCUUCAGCAAAUGCUAUUAAUCAGUUUUUUGAGGUGCCAUUUGAUUCUCAGAUGAACAGGACCAAAAACAGAGUUCUUGUGAGAGGAUAUUUAAGCCCAUUGCAUGCAGUAACAUUUGCGGCAGUGUCUGGCAGUGUGGGAUUAGUCAUCCUAGCCCUAGGAGCUAACCCCCUCACGGCAGCUAUAGGGGCAUUUAACCUCGGCCUCUACACCCUCGUGUAUACGCCCAUGAAGAGAUUCAGCAUCGUCAAUACGUGGGUGGGCUCGGUGGUAGGGGCUGUACCUCCUCUGAUGGGAUGGGCAGCAUGCACUGGCACACUAGAACCAGGUGCUUGGAUUAUGGCAGCCAUCAUGUUUUGCUGGCAGUUUCCCCAUUUUAAUGCUCUAAGUUGGAAUCUGAGACCCGACUACUCUAGGGCAGGGUACAGGAUGAUGUCAGUGGUGGAUCCAAACCUUUGCAAACGCGUUGCUCUUCGCCACACUGUAGGAAUCACAGGACUCUGUUUCCUGGCUCCGGUGGUAGACCUGACCACCCCUCUAUUUCCCGUAAUGUCUCUACCUCUCAACCUCUACUUUACAUAUCUAGGUUGGAAGUUUUAUCAGCAGGGAGACAGCCAUUCAUCUAGGAAGUUGUUCCGUUUUAGUUUGUUACAUAUACCAUUACUUAUUCUGCUUUUGAUUGUGAACAAACCUGAUCAGAAAAAGACAGCAAAAAACUCCCAAGAUACUUUGGUGAAAAUCAUUCCUGAAUGAUUGUGUUAGAUAUGUUUGUAUUCAUUCAUUCUAUGUUUGUGGUAUGUUUUAGGAGUGUGACACAGUGCUAUUGACAAUUAAAAUCUGUGAUAACACAAUAUGAAAUGUAUUUGUUGAACAUGUGAAAAAUGUAUGUGGAAACCAGAAGUAGAGCUACUGCUGUAUGAUAAAAACUUGAUGAUAAAAGGAA